AUGCAAGCUCUGCGCUCUCUUCGACCGCUGCUGCGACGCCCUCCACAGCCAUGGCAUCGACAGGCAGCAGCGCUCGCUGCAAAACGCCCCGAGUUUCCGGAACAACUGGACUUGAAUAAUGCAAAGAUCCUCCGGGUAGUCGAGAAGAAGGUGGCGGAAAGGGCCAACCUGCUCAAGUCGGUCAAUGAAUCGUCGGGCCAUAAUGACAUUGCACGCUCGAAGCAACUGAAAGAGCUGGAACCACUCAAGGAAGCCUGGGACGACUGGUCGCAGACCCUCCAGCUCCUCAACGAAACCACCUCCCUCCUGCACGACGCCGACCCCUCCAUGCGCGCCCUCGCCGCCGACGAGCACGCCGAGCUCACCACCAAGCUCCAAGCGUACCUCACGCACACCUUCCCCGCCCUCCUCCUCUCCUCCUCCUCGCCCACCGCGCACCUGCACGCGCUCCUCGAGCUCAAGGCCGGCGUCGGCGGCUCUGAGGCGGCGCUCUUCCUGGCCGAGCUGCUGCGCAUGUACACGCGCUUCGCGGGCGCGCGCAGGUGGGCCGCGCAUGUCGCGAGCGCGAACAAGACCGACGAGGGCGGCGUGAAGGACGCCGUGCUCGAGGUGCGCAGCGCGGGCGCGUAUGAGUGGCUCAGGUGGGAGAGCGGCGUGCACCGCGUGCAGCGGGUGCCCGCGACGGAGGCCAGCGGGCGGGUGCAUACGAGCACGGUUGCGGUUGUCGUGCUGCCAUUGGUAGAGGAGGCAGAGCCCUCCCCCGCCGACGACCUCUUCAAAAUGGAAGACGUGAAGAUCGAGGUCAUGCGCGCCCGCGGCGCAGGCGGCCAGCACGUCAACAAAACCGAGUCCGCCGUCCGCCUCACGCACAUCCCCACGGGCAUCACCGUGUCUAUGCAGGACGAGCGCAGCCAGCACCAGAACAAACGCCGCGCUUUCCAAAUAUUGCGCGCACGUCUGAUGGACAUCCGCUUGACGCAGGAGAUGGCGCAGCGCCGCGACGCGCGGCGUAGCCUCGUGCGCACGGCCGACAGGAGCGAGAAGAUCCGGACGUACAACUAUGCGCAGGACCGCGUGACGGACCACCGCCUCGGGCUGUCGCUCAUGAACCUCGAGAGCGUGAUGGAGGGGAACGGGCUGGAGACGUUCGUGGAGGCGAUGAGGGAGCGGCAUGCGGAGGAGACGCUGGAGAUGAUGCUGGAGGAGCCGUAG